UCCUAGUUGUUUUGUUAACGUAAAAAAAUGUCUAAUUGCAUCUCCUCCUAUUGCUACUCAGGUUUUCUCCCAUAACAUUGCAGAGAGUAAUCCCUUCCAAUCCAUAAGUAAACACAAGCCGGAUCCCUCUCUGGUAAGGUAGAUUUCCAUCGAAAUCCUAUUGGAAGCAACCAUUGCCUUGGCAGCUCGUCUCUUACCCCGGCAUCCCGACAUCCCACCUCGCCGCUUUCCCUUUCGCUUUCGGCCUGCGAUCUCACUGCCCGCUCGCCCCAAAACGGCUUCCUCUGCGUCCCCACCCUCCUUUAUCUUUUGUUCUCUUCUUCCACUCCCAGCUCCCAAGCUCCCAGUCACAAACCCCAAACCCCUCGCUUGUCAUCGAGCUGCGCUUUGCUUCAGCUCCUUCCUCCCCCCGUUGCACUGCACGUCUGCACUCCACUCUCUUGAUGCAAAUCUUCCCUCACUGCUAACUAAUCGCCAUUUCUUUCGGGAUCCGGGAGCAAUGGAGAAGGAGAGGAGGCAGGGGUUCUUUUCGGCGCUCAAAGGGGAGGUGGUGCGGGGCCUCUCGCCGGCGAGGUCGCGGGGGAAGUCGCUGCUUCCGCGCACGCGCAAGACGGCUGCUGCUGCGGCGGAGGCCCCGACGCCCGAGGAGCUCGCCCAGUACGCGCCGGAGCAGUUUGUGGCCCACUCCGGCAGCCUCCGGCCGGGCGGCGAGGUCCUGGCGCCGCUCAUGGAGGGCCCGGAGGUGUCCGAGGACGACGCGUUCGGUGAGGAGUCCGGACGGCGAGACGGGUUCGGGCAGUGGGUGCGCGGCCACCUGGCCCGUGCCCCGCUGAUGGCCGGCGGCGGCGACGGGGGCAGCGGGUCGUUCCGCCGCUCCGACCUCCGCCUCCUCCUCGGCGUCAUGGGCGCGCCGCUGGCGCCCGUCUCGGCCUCCGCCGCGGAGCCGCUGCCGCAUCUCUCCGUCAAGGGCGCCCCCAUUGAGUCCUCGUCGGCGCAGUACAUCCUGCAGCAGUACCUGGCGGCGUCCGGCGGCGCGAAGGUGCUCCGGUCGGUGCGGAACGCGUACGCGAUGGGGAAGGUGCGGAUGGUGGCGUCGGAGUUCGAGACGGCCACCCGGGUGGUGAAGAACCGCGGCUCCGGCGCCGCCGCCUCCGCCGUGGAGCAGGGCGGGUUCGUGCUCUGGCAGAUGUCCCCGGACAUGUGGUACGUGGAGCUCGCCGUCGGCGGCAGCAAGGUCCGCGCCGGCUGCAACGGGCGCCUCGUCUGGCGCCACACGCCGUGGCUCGGCGCCCACGCCGCCAAGGGCCCCGUCCGCCCCCUCCGCCGUGCCCUCCAGGGCCUGGACCCGCUGUCGACGGCGAGGCUGUUCGCGGAGGCGCGGUGCGUGGGCGAGAGGAAGGUCGCCGGCGAGGACUGCUUCAUCCUGAAGUUGUCGGCGGACGCGGAGACGCUGCGGCAGCGGAGCGAGGGCCCGGCGGAGAUCAUCCGGCACGUGCUCUUCGGCUACUUCAGCCAGCGCACGGGCCUGCUUGCGCAGUUGGAGGACUCGCACCUGACGCGCAUCCAGCCGCACGCCGGCGGCGACGCCGUCUACUGGGAGACCACCAUCAGCUCCUUCCUCGAGGACUACCGCGCCGUCGACGGCGUGGCGAUCGCGCACGCGGGGCGCUCCGCCGUGACGCUGUUCCGGUUCGGCGAGACGGCCAUGAGCCACACCAAGACGCGCAUGGAGGAGGCCUGGACCAUCCAGGAGGCUGCGUUCAACGUGCCGGGCCUCUCCACCGACUGCUUCAUCCCGCCCGCUGACAUCCGCCGCGGCUCCGCCGGCGAGCCCCACUGCGAGCUCCCGCCGCGCGGCGGCAAGGCCGGCGCCGUGCACCCCGCGCGCGUCGCCGCUGCGGAGCGCGCGCACCCGCGGCGCGACGCGGUCGCCGGGGACAGGAUCCACUGGACGGUGGAAAUGUGAUGUGAGGAGCGGGAGAUAUCAUCAUUUUAGUCGAUUGGAUCCAUGAAGAGUGAAGAUUAGCUAAGCAGAUAAGUAGCUAGGAAGAUAAAAAAAAUCCAGCAAUCCAAUUUGUUCAUAGUACUAGAAACCGAAUCUUUCUUCUCAAAUACUAACUUCAUCUCCUAGUGGCUUGUAUUCUGUACAGAUGAGCAGCAAAGAGUCUCCUCACUAUGUCCCAAACUCCCAAUGUUGAAUUGUACUGUAACAUUUUGCAAGAAUUUAAGAAUUGACACAAGCAUAACAUUAUCAGAUCUUUCUGCCUAA